AUGGCUCUCCCAGCGCUUUUAGGCCAGGUGCAUUCCCAUUUGGAAGAAGUACGAAACGAUCCUAGCAAAAGCCUGAAUGACAAGCUACUGGAACACGUUGACAGGCAGGUUACUGAAACGAUUGAAGAAUCAUGGAGAGAUACCCUCCUCAACCAGCUUUCGAACCUCCUCCCAACACUACAGCAAGACCCUACGCCGGUAACGAACCUCAUCAACGUCCUCGCCCUGCCGGCGACAUAUGACUUCACACGCGUUCUCACGAUCCAACCACCGGUCGAUUUCACAGCUGGCUUUACAUCCUCCUUACCCUCCAUCAACCUCGCGGUCCUCUCCCUCCUCGAGAAGGCGACGUACCGGAAAAGCGACAUCGAUAUAGUGGCUGGAAAGGCUGACGUGGUGGCAGCUUUGGUCAAACUAUGGCUGUGCACCCCAGAUACGGCAGUGGCAGGACGGGCCCAUGACGUGAUAGUGGGGCUAUUAUUGGCAAAUGAAGGGGAGCAUACCAUGAGUGACAGUGGGAUCAUGGAUGAGGGCCUGAUCUGGAGGAGAAUCUUGCGUGACAGAGACAUCUACGGCUCCAUAUUUUCGAUCUGUAGCCUCAACACAGCAGGUCAGGAAGGGCCACUGUCCAAGAGAGAAAAGACGGUCUCUCAGGCAAGACUGCUGGAUAUGCUCCUAAAGAUCGACUCGAGUCCCGUGAGGACGUCACAGAUACCAGAGAUUGAGCAACAAUUCGGUGUCAAUAACGGUGGGCUGCUGCACUUUGCAGCCAUUCAUAUGGUUGAAUACCAGGACGAUGUGCUAAUGCAUAUGACCUUGAUUGAAUUUUAUGCCAACUACCUGGGUACAAGCCACACAUAUGCGCUUCAUUUCCUACGAAGCAAUGGACUCCAUGACCGUGCAUUGGCAUAUUACCUUGAACCCGAGAAGCAAGAUUCACUGGACCUCACGUAUCUGUACGGUUCGUCGGCAAAAUACCUUUCAACCUACUGCUCAACAUUUCCUCAGGACCUACUUUCGUCACCGCUUGCGGGCCACAUCCUCUCGCGCGUUACACAAGCAGUCGAGAACACCUCCUCGAUCCAGUGGGCGCAGGGGAAGAUCCCCAAACACGACCUUCGUGUUUUGGUAUCUCUCCCACGUGUUAUGCUCAUACCGAGGACACAGGCCAGCUCUCCGUUGUUCUUGAUACCCGUGAAGCCCGCAAAUCCGGACGCCUUUGCGGCUUUGGCUCACAUUCUGCAUGGUAGCCACGGGGGUAAGCCCGAAGAACGAGCCGCUGCAAGGGCACUUUACUUCUUGGAAAUGGAAAACAUCUCGACUUUUUGGGGACGUGUCGUGGCUGCAGCUGAUACCGUGGCGCUCAAAGAGAGCGCAUUGUCGGCUCUCUCGUUGAUCGGAGCGGUCAUUACAGCGAAAUGGUCACCACUUCCAGAUACCGAACCUUCGGGCUCUACCCCGUUCAGACUUCCAUCGGAAGGGGAAUUAGCCAGCAAGUGUAACGCUGCAUCGCUUCCAAAGUCAGGAAUCGAGGCCAUCAUGAGUCAGCCAGCUCUUGGCAUAGUCGUCCCGUACCUGAUGAGGCCACCUGAAAGUUUCGGCAAUCUGGUGAGCGGAGGCCGGGGGGAUGUUGAGAGCGCUGUGUAUCAGAUUGCUGCUGCUAAGCAUGAUGUGCUUACACUGCUGCACAUGAAGCUCAAGGCGUGGGUAGGAACCCGGGCCGAGGGUCAGGAGAUGGUGGCAGCUGUUGAAAGACGGGUCAUGCAGGGGGCGAUGGGUGGCACGGGUGAGGUUGGAGGCCGCGUUGGAACAAUGGAGUUGUGA